AAUCAGAGAUCACUGAACCCAGAAUAGACUGAUGGGAACAAAGUCUGUUGGUAGUUCUCCUUUCUUUAAGAAGGUUGAAUUCUGCAUCAGUCUCAAGAUCUCCACUGUAGAAGCUGCUGAGGAUCUGGAAAGACGGUCAAGAGAGAGAAGAUGUCUGAUAAGUGUGAUCUGUGUCUGCUGGGACUCAUCUUUCUCUCUUCACUUCUCACAGGUAUCAGUGGAGUGGAUGAUCAUGUGUUCAUCAGUUCUGGUGAAAAUGUCAGUCUGACCUGUAAAAAUACUCUUCAUAACUGUACAUCAACUACAUGGAUCUAUUAUAACAGAUAUUCAGAAGGAGUUGAACUGAUCGGUUUAGGGAUAAAGAAGAAAGACACAGAGAGACAUGAGAGACUGAGUCUGAGGUCUGACUGCUCUCUGAACAUCAAGAACAUCACAGAAGAAGAUUCUGGACUUUACAUCUGCAGACAAUAUGUGAAUGGAAUAAAACAACAUGGAGCUGAUGCUCUUGUUUAUCUGCAUGUUCUUCAGGUGUCUUCAUCAUCUUCGUCAUCCUCACAGACUGAGAUCAGUGCAGACUCUGUGACUCUCUUCUGUCAGCUUUAUUUAUAUUCAUAUACUAGAGACUCUUGUGAUGAUUGGAUCAGUUCUGAGAGAAUUGAGGUGUUCUGGGUGAAUCAGGCUGGUGUUAAACUGAAGAGAUCAGACUACAGAGAUCAGAUAUUAUUUUCAUCAGAUCACUGUAUAAUCAGUCUGAAUACAACACUCCUGAAUGAAGAUCUCUACAGAGAGUGGAGAUGUGAAGUUACUCACAGAGAUCAAGUCAAGACCUCAGUCACAUUCACUGUCAGGAGAUCAGCUCCAGAUUCAACAACACAGAUUCAAGUCACCAGCUCAAACUCUGAGGCGACUUCAAGACAAACUCCAGAAGUAGCUCUUACGAGGUUCAUCAUCUCUCACACUCCUUAUUUUCACAAGCCUUAUUUUCAUCUACAUGUAAUCUGA